AUGGAGAAACUAAAGAAGAAGAUAGCAAAGCUUUUUCCUCAAGCAGUGACUUUCACAAGUCCUCCUCCAAGCCCAAGAAAGGUCCCUAAUGCUUUACUACUAGUCUCUCUUGUCCCUGCUGAGGCUAGACUUAGGCCCAAUUAUGGUACUAGCUUUGAUACAAAGGAGCCUUCUUCUCCCAAGGUCUCUUGUUUGGGCCAUGUUACAAAGCCCAAAAUCAAGCCCAAGUCCAAGCCCAAGGAGUGUUUGUUCAUCAAGAUUUUCAAGGGACAGAGAACAAGAAUAAAAGGAGGUGGUAAGGAUCAUAGGAGUGUUGUUAAGAAAGUGCCUUCAUUGGGCCUUAUGAAGAAGUUUGAGAGUGGGCGUGGUGGUGUUUUAUCGGAUUUUGAAUGGACGGCCCAUUUAGCUGUUUUGGGCCCAGAUUCUGAAAAUUGCCAUAUUGAGAUUGAGUCAAAGAAAGAAGUCAACCUUUGGCAAAGAAGGAAUAAGCCAGGUCCUCCUCCUCCUUUGCUUCUUCAAAUGUAG